AGGUAGACUCGUGGUACUGCAAGUAAGUAUUACGGACAAAACGGAGCACCUCCUAUCCUCGACAUGAACAUGAACAUGAACCUCUCCACUUUAUACAAUGUCCAAAGGUCUGCCCUUGGGAAGCUGGGGGAAGAUCCUCCCCGUCCGUUGGAAGCCAACCGCCAUCUCGUCCAAGCCCAUCCAAUCCGCACCCCCUCCCUGGAGAACCCCCCUCCCCAUGCUCCUAAAAAAAAAAAGGAAAAAGGAAGAGAAGAGAGAGAAAAAAGCGUCAAGCCCCCCCUUCGCGCUUCGGCCAAGGCUUACCUUAUUUGACCUGGCGAGUCCUGGACAUGCCAGGCUCCCUCAGCUGCGACCCGCUCCCCUUAGUCCCAGAUUCCCGGGGCCCUUCCUCACACACCAAAAAAAGGUGGGUUGGGGACCAGGCCAGUGUCUUUCUCACUGGACUCUUCUUACUCUUACUCCUCCACGGUCGCACAUCCACCCAGAUCUUUCCUUUUCCUUUUCCCGUUGGCCUUCUUCCAUUUUGCAAAACCCGUUUUCUCGACUCGACUCGGUUUCGAUUUCGAUCAUACCCGAGAGACGACGAUAGAGCUCAUGAUAUCCUCUCGUCGCCGCUGCUAUACAUGAUCACACCACUCUCGACUCCCCGCGUACAGUUACUACUGUCUCCUGGCCUGGUUCGAACAGUGGGCUCUUCCCGCCCCUAAUACUUUGGCGGCCGGAGAGUGUCUUGAACUUUGGGCUUCUGCCUGUUAAAAAAGCCUUUUAUACUUGUUGUCUCAUUUGCAAUCGUGCUCGACUACAGCUAUUCCACGCGGCAUCAUGGCGACGCCUACCUCCGUGGCCUCUUCCGCCUCGCGGGACAUGGUCCAACGCAUCCACCGCGUCACAAGAGAGAACCGACACCUAUGGUACCAGUUGAC